AAAUGUUCAUAAAAGAAAUAAAUAGGUGCACCGGGAAUCCUUUGAAAUAGUUUGACUCAUUCACGAUGAUUUAAUUCUAAGAUUAGACAAAUGAGCGAACUGGAAGCAUGGUAGAUUUAUGCAUAAUACUAUAAGAAGUCCUUCAACAGAUACGUUACAUUAGCAUCCAAUUACAUGUACCACCUUUUUUCUUUUACGAUAAUAACCGUUCGACGUUUCAGAGCGUGGGAAUGUUAGCGACACAGAUAGUUAAUAUCCGCUGUAAACACAUUUCUACGUAUGUAUAUAUUUCAACAAUAGUACAAGUUUAUUUUACUCGUCCAAGUUCACACGACUGUCUAUGAUUGAACGUCCUUAACCCCUUGUCUAAUAAUAUCGUGUGAAACUAGUGAUAUGUUUUUACGUAUUUACUAGAUAUAAGAAUAUAUGGCAGACAUGAACCAAACAUAAGAGUUAGACUUGUGAUUUAAAUGCGUUUGCAUUGAACACUGUCUCUUGCAUUCGUUGUUAGUACUUGAUUGCAUUCGCAUAUGUAAACUAUAUUUUUUCUCUAUUUGUAAUAAUUAAUACCACUCUUUCUGGAAAUAUUUUUAAAAAAUUCUUAUACGUAAUGUUUUCAAAAAGAAAAAUUAAUACCAACGAUUGUUUAUAUACGGUUAAUAAUAUAUUUAAGGAUGACAGUGAAUAUAAAUAUAAACUAUAUCCAGCAAGGAAACAUCUUAAAGAAUCAAUCAUUGACGAUAAUAGCGAAGAAGAAGAUAUGUGUCAUCAAUCAGAACAAUGGAUUUGGGAGAAGACAAAUAAUAAUCCGAAAAUGUGGAAAUAUAGACAGAUCCGUGGAGUAAAAGAACAGUUAGAUAAAAAUUGUACAUUUUUAAUCGGUAAAGAGUACGGUCAACCAGGCUACGGAGGAUACGGAGGGUACGGAGGUUAUCCCGGAGGAUCAAUAUACGGACCAGGAUAUCGUGGUACGAAUUUAACACCAGGAUAUAGGGGCUAUCCGAUCGGUAGUCUUGGGGGUGUUCUUGGAGGUGGACAUACUGGAUAUGGGUAUUACGGUAACAAUGGAUAUAAUCCUUAUUAUAACUAUGGUGGUCCCGGUGGAUACAAUGGAUAUGGAAGCAUUGGUGGAUACGGAACCUUAGGAAUUGGAGGUUACGAUGAUCCUUAUCUCGGAUAUGGUAGUUAUAGUGGUUAUGGCCGUUACGGUGGUCAAGGGCUCGAUGGAUAUGGAAAUUACGGUUCAAGUGGUUACGGUGGAUCUUAUGGUUCUGCGUAUGGGAUUAAAAACAAUUAUGAUCCUUAUGGCUACCGUAGUAGCAGUAGUAGUAGUUAUGGUAGUUAUGCUGGCUAUCCCUCUGGAUAUCGGGGCUAUUCCUAAAAGUUCAUAAAUUUAAUAUAUAUGUAUAAAUACUAAUACGUGAAAUUGACAGUUACUUUUUUUAUGUACUUUAUAACAAUGUAAUAUCAAAAUACCAAAAGCGUUUAUUUCUCAAACUAGAGGAGGUUGUUUCGUAUAUUUGAAUAACACAUAACAUACAUAAUGAAUAGACGUAGUAAAUAUUAACAUGACAUUCGAAUAUGAAAAUUUAGUGAAAAAAAUAUAAGUAUUACCGACGAGAACAUAGUAAUUAAUUCAUUAUAUCAAAUGUAAUAUAUUCGGACAUAAUAAAUUUGUUGGAGCUAA